AUGUACGCUCGUAAUCCACAAGAGCUUCGCCAUGUUGUUUGUUUUCAGUUGCACGAACGACAGUGCCAAGUGUUGAUGGGCCCUUCUGCUGUGACCAUCUCAUCGCUGACACUUGAUUAUGGACAACCUUGAGACUCUUCUAGAGGAACUAGAGAGAUUUGAAAAGAAGGGUGGCAAUGGAACAUCGAAGAUAUUAGAAGAAUAUAUUCAGCAUGUGGCCAAAACUGGAGAUCCUUUGUUCCCCUGGCAUAGAAUCCGGUAUUUCAUGAGAUUUAUGUUAGCAACUGUUAUGAAUGACUUUUAUGAAAAUUGUGGGGGUGAAGAUGUUGGAGAAUGUGGAAAUGUACCAGCAUUUUCUUAUGUUCCUACGAGGGAGAAGAUCCUUCACCAUUUUGAUACUUUUUCAGGAGCUCCUUUUACCAUACAGAGACUAUGUGAAAUAAUGAUUGACCCUACCAGACACUACAAGAGGACAGACAAGUUUUUGCGGGGCUUAGAGAAAAAUGUCUUAGUUGUAUCAACCAUUGAACCUGGAAGGCAACGUCGCAGUGAAGAUCCACAACAGACUUUGGUCAAUGGCCUUCAGGAUGGUGGUUUACACUCUUCUCCAAUUUCGGGUUCAUCCAGGUUGUCUUCUCCCUCACAUCAAAGUAAAAGAAUAGCGUCGCCACAGCCCACAAAUUCAGUUAAUAAUGCCAAUGACUUCUACGAUACUGAAUUGAAUGCCAGCGAUAGUCAUGUAAGUGGUUCUGAAGCGAACGGGCCUAACGGAAUACCAUUAGAUGAGAGAAGCAUUGAAGCAAUGGCAGAGAUUGUUGAGCCCCUCAUGAAAAAGCGAAGGAUGAAGGUUAGCCCCUUGGAAAAGGCUUUGGGUCCUAUGGCUCACCUUGCACACUUGCAAGACAAGGAUAGUACUUACAUGUCUAUAUCAGAAGCAGAGAGUCUUGAAGCAGAAGGAAGUGAUGAGGAGAGUAAUGCCAGUAGCAGCAGCAGUAGUAGUGCAAAGACGGAUGAGGAAGCAAUGGAAACGGGAGAGGCAGAAGCCACAACUUGUCACACAGAAAGUGAAGAUACUAAAACCACAGAGGAAACGUUAUGUGGCCAUCAAGUAGGAACCAGUGAAAUGACAUUGCAGGAGGCAGAAAAUCCAGAUGAAGAUUCUAUAAGCAAAGAAUUAAAAGAUGAAAUGCCCGUACCAGCUGAGGCAUGCUCGUCGGAUGUCAUGAAUGCAACGGAGUCAGAAAAGUCAAAUGAUGAAAGCAAUUCUGUAAGUUUGUCAUCCGAUUCAUCAGGUUCUGGAACAAAUCAAGGAAGUCCAGAUUCUGUUGAGGAUAAUUCUGAGCAAGCACAGCCCCAUCCACAGAAAAAGGAAGGUUGCAAGGGUGAGAAAGCUGGAAGCUCAGAAGCAGCUGCAGCAGAUUUGACACAGCUAAUGAGGCUGAUGAUGAUGUAUCUGAAGGAGCCUCAGCUCAAGAGGAACCAGGCAAAGACAGUCAUGAGGCAGACAGCACUUCACAAACCCAAAGUAAUAAUUUCAGUAGUCAGUCGUCUGCCUCAGGGGUUGGAUCUUCCACCUCCGUCACCUCUUGUUCUUCACCUUCAACGGCAUCGACCUCUGCAGCUUCUGUCACCUCUCCAGUGGCCUCUCUCCCUCCCCAGACUCGGGAGAUCCCACUACGUCACAGAUCUCGGCAUCUGCUUCGUCCCAGCUAACGGACACCACAUCCACGGAAACAACGAAGAUUCUGCCGAACCUAACUCGGCACCUUCAGAGGAUGGCGUCUACUACGUCUAGUUUACCAGAAUCAGA